CGACGCCGAAUCGAUAGCGUCGCGACGCCGAUCCAUCGCCGUAUCACUUUUGAGUAAAUUUGUGUUCGUGUGCGUGCUUAUGAUACUCCAGAAUGAGGGUCCGCCGGUGCGAUGCGGCAUUAUGAGUGGUUGUUAAAAGUCGGAGUGCGGACGGGAGGAAAAAGGACGGAUAGAAGCGAUGUGGGCUUUUAGGUCAAUAGAAUGUUUGUCCUGGUAGCUGACAGACGUAGUAUUUGCGAUUAGAUCCGUAGCGCUGAUCUUGAGGUUGAGAUUUGAGGUGAUGCCAGGACAAGCACAAGACAAGUGAUGCUGACUGACACAUAAAAAUUCUCAAAAUUUCCGGGUCAAACUUCUCGUUGCAGUGCUAACAACUAUUUAAGAAACUAUAAGCGAGGAUAGAGUUGGAUGUGCGUGUCUAUAUUGUGCCACUCGAUGACUCAGUAGCGUUGUUGAUCAUGGGAUGCGAGCUGGGAAAGCUGGCCAGCAGGGAGUCGCGGGAAAACUCGAACAAGAAGCUGGAAGAUGCUGCUCCAUCGCAGCAAGUCGAUGCGAGACUACCACUCACGGCUAAACAGAAAUACAAUAUGCUGGCUUCGUGGAAAGGUAUUAGCAGGGCCAUGGAAAGCACUGGCGUUUGCAUGUUUCUCAAAUUAUUUGAGGAUCAUGCCGAAUUGAUCAACUUGUUCGAGAAAUUCAAGCAGCUUAGAACCAAAGAAGAACAAGCCAACAGCUUGGAGCUGGCAGAGCAUGCGACGACUGUGAUGAACACUCUAGAUGAGGGAAUCAAAGGGCUCGAUAACCUAGAUGCAUUCUUUGAAUAUCUGCAUCAAGUGGGCGCCAGUCAUAGAAGGAUACCGGAAUUCAAGGUUGAAUACUUUUGGAAAAUCGAGAAGCCAUUCCUGGAAGCGGUGGAAACGACGCUGGGCGACAGGUACACCGAGAACGUCGAGAACAUCUACAAAAUAACGAUAAAGUUCAUCAUAGAGACCCUGAUAAAAGGUUACAACAAUGCCAACGCGACCACGUGAAGACUAAACCGAAUAGACUGAACGAAUUUCACUUUGUUAUUGAGAUGUUUCGACCCCCAUUCCGAAACUUCCUCUUCGGAAUCGUUCCGCUAAUUUUCUCCCAUCUAAUGUGGAAAUUUUAUAUAGUUUUUCGUGGGUAGGGACUCCGGGAUGGCGUUUAGAGGAAUGGGGGCAACGCCUACCGAUUGGAUUGUGUUUCGGUUGAUAGGUAUAGAUGCUGCGAAAUGUGAAUUCGUUUUGGUUCUAGCGGGACUUUUACUCCCAUAUAGCUAUCGGAUGAUAUAGAGGCCUUCCUAUCUGUUGAAUGGAGCUUCUUCGUAAGUUACUGUAUUAUCGGCUUCUGUAUCUCUAGUAGCUAUAUGACUCACGGUGAUUGUCGGUUGACGAUGAAUCUUAAAAACCGUAAAACAUGUUAACCGUUGAACUACUUUAUGUACUUUGAAAUGUGGACGUGAGAUGAAUUGAAACGGUUAUUAUACAGGUUUCCCCAAAUUCGAUGGUCUAUUAUAGUCGGUACGAUUUGUGAUGGCAUAGUCGGCAAUAAAACACACUCAGAGAGGGAUUCGUGUGUUUUCUAUGUAAUAAUAUUCCUCAAUGAUAGACGAAUAUUUAAAUAGGUAAACUACAUGAAAAAAUUAUGACUAUUUGUUAAAUUAACUAUUGUCUAUGCAAUGAAAAGUAAAACAGUACCAGAAAUAUCGGAAAUUUUUAAAAAAAUAUAUAUCGUACAGCAUAAAACAUAAUUUUGCUACUACCAGAAAACGAACAUUCGUCUACAUUAAUAACAAAUGGUAGUACCGUUAUAUCAAGUGUAUUCACUUUUUCCCAGUUUUCUGUAUCUGUUACACAACCGAUCCAAUUUUCUUUGGUAACUGUAUGGAGAGCUUCCUCACAGUAUCAUCACGCCUUGCCUCACAAUGUUUUUAUUAAAAAAUACAUUGCACUGAGCUUACACCAGUUCGUUGGUAAUAAAUCCAUAAUUAAAGACUUCCAUUCUAGUUUUGUCAGCAGUUCUUCAAAAAUGUGUGCCUGGCCUCAUUUUUAUUAAAAAAUAUUUCUAAUAAAUAUCAAUUUAAAUAAUAAAUAUCAUCAUAUAAAAUAUUAUCAUAUAAAUCCAUUAGAAUAAGUAACUCCAUUUUUUAUUUCUUAAGAAGACAUUAGCAUUAUGUUUCAACAACACUGAUCUUAACUAAAUCACUUUGGUUUCACCUAUCUGCAUCUUUUUUUCAGUACUAUUUAAAUAAUAGGCAGCACUUCGUUAGAACUAAUAUCCGUGUAUCAGAUUUGGGCAACGUUACUAUGGGAGUGUCACAGGGUCACAGUUCUUGGACCCCUGUCGUAUCUCUUUGCUUUGAUUAAGGUUGUCGAAUUUUCUCAAAUAUGCUGUAACACAUAGCUGUUACACACAUUUAACUCCAUUAAUUAUGAAUACAUGGAAGCUAAUCUUUAUUUGCAUCAUAAAAAACACAAUCUGUUAGUUUGUAUUUACAAUGAAACAUCUGCAUCAUCAGAGUCAAAAUUUUAACUGCUACUACUAGAAAACGAUCCUUAGUCUGCAUUAAUAACAAGCGGUACCGUUACAUCAAGUGCAUUUUUCCCAGUUUUCUUUUAUUAUAUUUUCUGUAUAUUUUUUUAAUAUUUUAAUUAAAAAAUAUUUUACACUGAGCCCACACCAAUUCCAUGGCAAUAAACUUGAUAACAUUUUAGACCAAUCGAUUAAUAAUUUCUUUUUUUCUUGUCGAUGUAUUUGGUAAACUCACAUGGAUUUUGUCAUUCUUAGUAUACCUGCGGAAACAGGCAGGUGAGGCACUUCUACCUUGGCUUUAUGCGCGACUAUGCCAUCUCAAAUCGUAUCGACUAUAGAAGCGUGUAUAUGGAGAACAGAUAAAGAUAGCCCAUAGGAGACUCUCUUUCUCUAUAUCUAUUUCUAAAAUAUUAGGAAAUUGGGACUUCAAAAUAAUUUAAUUUCUAUAGUUUCAGAUACAAAUUUCAAAUUUUAUUUUUCAAGAGAAACAAAAUUUUUCAAUAUAUGCAAAACCUAAACUAAUUUAAAAGAAAAUUUCUGUAUUUUUGUAUUAUAACGAACAUCGGAUUUCACAGCACCCUGAAUCUGAAAUUGAGAAGAAAGAAGAUCGGAUGACUGGAGAAAUUUUGGAAUUUAUGGAUGAGCGUCGAAAAUUAAACAUAAAAACCAAACAGGAUACAGACGCAUCUGGGCGAUUCAGAGGGAGAAAUCAGAGAACUUGGGAUAGAAAAAUAAAGGAACUACGAGGGUAGAGUGAAAAGUUUCAUGGCCAAGAAAAACGAUGUCUUAAAAAAAAAUUAUGGUUAAUUUUUCAACGUAAUUUUCAUCGACACUGAUACAUUGCUCAUAACUGUGUUCUAAUGUAAUGUAAACGUUGCAAUUACUCUGCUUAGUUUUGACCGGCCAUAGUCUUACCCUUUUCAAGGUAAUCAAUCAUUCUAUAUAAUUCCUCUCGCAUCUCAAAAAACAGUAGCCAUAACCUUGUUUGCCGAUAAAAUUGUUUUGGUCUUCUUUGGAGUUGACUGUUGAUUUGGUUGAAACUGUACAUACAAGCUCGGUAGAAAUGGUACUGUAGGAUGUCGUUCCAAAAGUGGACCUAGUAGCGCCACCUCUUGGUUAGGCUGGAAACUUUUCACCCCACCUUCGUAUCUGGAGCAAAUAAGCAAGCGCCAUGUCAACAAUAACCGUAAACCAGAAAAAGACGCCUCGGAAGAAGUAGUCAUAUGGAGAAAUCACAUUCGAAACCUCAAGACCAACGAGAUAAUAUUUAUCCGUUAUAAGUUAUUAAAAUCCUUGGUAAUUAGACCUUUUACUGAAAUUACUAAACCGAAUCUGGAGAGAAGACGGUUGUCCCAAACAUAAACAAAAUUAUUCCCAGCAGGUUCCCCAGUUGACCUAUUAUUUUUAGACCUUCUUCGUGAGCAACUUUCGUUAUAAUUUUUGGUUGCAAGAUAAAUUUGCCUCAGCCAGUCUUCAUAGCUUUUAAGUCCAGAUACUUCAUUUUUUUGUAAUUUUCAAAGUCUAUCUUGAUCGAUUCUCCAUAUACUUCUAAUGAACCACCGAGUUUGGACAAUGUCCACCUUGGGAUUUCCAGCCGCAUUCCAGAAACAAACUUCUCACUAUUUCUGGAGUCUUCUUUUCCAACUACUUUUCGAUGCUUUCAUAUUGGAAAGAAACCAUCAAUCCGAAAUCAAUACGGUCAAUUUGUACGUGUCAAUUGCUAGGAGGGCAAAAACGAGCAAAUGAAUGUGUAAAAUAUUAUUAUACGUGGCUUUGUAAUAUCUUUUGAAAAUACAAUGUAAUAUUGUUUGCAUUGAUCUCAGCACACCGCGCGCACACUGAAUUGCAUAACACAAAUUUCCCCCAACCGAACGUUAGUAUUCGUUUUCCUUCAUUUCUGUUGGGAAUGAAGGUUUGCAAAAUUGUAUAGACAGAUUCAAAAUACUGCAACAUUCAAAAUGCAUACAUACACCGUACAGAUUAAUAAUGACUUGUCUCUUCAGACAAAACAUGUUAUGAAUGUUAUGUUAUAUCUGUUUGAGAUAUGAUUUGGCUUCUUAGAAUAUAACGCCAGACAAAAUGUGCCAAAGGUAUAAAAGUCUCGUUCUGACGCUGUCUCUUAUACAGGGUGUUUUAUAAUUGAAUAUUAAUAAAUUAUUUUUUCCAAAAAAAUUUUUUUUAAUAUCUGUAAUACUAUUUUAGAUAUUUUAAUGAAAUCAGGGGGCAUUAUUAUUUAGUGUACCACAAGUUUUUUAAAAUACACCAGUGGCGGUGUACCAUUUUGCCAGACACUGAUGAUGCACCACUGAUUUUCCUUAAAAUAAAAAUUAUUCUAAAGUGGUAUUGCAAAUAUUUAAAAAAAUAUGAUAUAUAUUUGUAAACUUUAGGGCAUAUGUUCAUAUGAAGUUUUCUUUUUUAAAUCGCCUCCUUAGUUAUCGACAUUCAAUUAGAAAACACCCUGCAUAGAAAAUCCUUGGCAGUUUGAUAUUUUGGAUAAACUUGCAACGAAAGUAUUACAUUAUUAAUCACAAUUUAGUUUGAAUAUAUUUUAUCGUGAUUUCGAACUAAUUUAGUUACUUACCCACACAGCACUUUUUCAAUCUAUCUUAAGUAAAAAACAUAAAAUAAAAUAUAGUUGUUUGAUAAUGGCCAAAGAAAUAUUUAUUUCAAAUUUUGAAAUUAUUUAUACUGAUAUCGUUAUAAAUGUUUAUUCAAAUAAAUAUCUUCACCCUUCUUUUAGUGGAUGUCCAACCAAUAAAUGAAUAAAAUAAACAGGUUUUUUCAAAUCUCACAAAUAUUACUUAAGUGAAAUACUCGUUUAUCGGCUUUAAAAGAUUGCUUGUAUGUUUUAAAAUUUUAUUUAUUUAGCCAAGCUUCAGUCGAGCUGAGUUUAAAACAAAAAAAAUAUAUUA